AUGCCCGACAUCCUCACAGCGCUGACCAAGCCCCCAGCCAAGCAGAAUUCAGUUUCAAUAGAUAGACCCGAUGUGGUAGAUGAACCUGAUGUAGUAGAUGAACCUGAUGCUGUUGGUGAGCCGGAUCAGGGUCAAGAGUCCAAGCUUCGGGAUCGGCCAAUACCUAGUUUAGAGGCGACUCCUUCCGAACUGGCGGCUCAGGCCAACACAGAGUGUGUGGUCGUGGUGGUUGGCAUGGUAACGGCGUCCAUUCGCAACGCCCGCUUUCCGUCAUCCAGAAUGUCCGCUCUGCUGUCUCUGAUAGCCCUGGCACCAUUUGUAGGUAUGUAG